UGCCCUAAUCAUAAUAAUGUCCAUCGUCACUGUUUCUGUCACAUGCAUGCAUUUUUUUAUCUUUCUGUGUUUUAUGUCCUACGCUUAUUUCAGUACUUGAACGCACCCUUGCGAGAGGACGGCUACUUCUAGUUAGCCGUUUAGCGACACCGCAGAGAUGCAAUUAGCUCUUAGUAAAACGUUUGGCCAGAAACCUAUAAAAUUCCAACUCGAAGAAGAUGGGGACUUUUAUAUGGUUGGAUCGGAGGUCGGCAACUAUUUACGUAUGUUCAGAGGCUCCUUGUACAAAAGAUAUCCGUCUUUAUGGCGAAGGUUGGCUUCAGUGGAUGAGAGGAAGAAAAUCGUUGCAUCGUCACAUGCAACCAGUGUCACACUGUUGAAGGCAUCAGAAUGUGAAGAAAUCUUUGAUGGGAAUGAUGAGAAAUACAAGGCCGUGUCCAUAAGCACAGAGCCCCCGUCCUACCUCAGGGAGCAGAAAGCGAAGAAGAGCAGCCAGUGGGUCCCCACUCUGCCUAACAGCUCUCACCACCUCGAUGCAGUGCCUUGCUCCACCACCAUCAACCGCAAUCGGAUGGGUCGUGACAAAAAGAGAACUUUUCCACUCUGCUUUGAUGAUCACGAUCCAGCUCUGAUCCAUGAAAAUGCUGCUCAGUUGGAGAUGCUGGUGCCCAUUCGACUAGACAUGGAAAUAGAGGGACAGAAACUCAGAGAUGCCUUCACGUGGAACAUGAACGAGAAACUUAUGACUCCGGAGAUGUUUGCAGAGAUCUUAUGUGACGACCUGGACCUGAAUCCUUUGGCCUUUGUUCCUGCCAUUGCUUCGGCCAUCCGUCAGCAGAUCGAGUCGUAUCCAACUGAUAGCAUUCUGGAAGAGCAGGCGGACCAACGGGUCAUCAUUAAGCUCAACAUCCACGUUGGCAACAUCUCUCUGGUGGACCAGUUCGAAUGGGACAUGUCAGAGAAGGAGAAUUCUCCCGAGUCCUUUGCUUUGAAGUUGUGUUCCGAGUUGGGUCUGGGUGGAGAGUUUGUCACCACUAUCGCCUACAGCAUUCGCGGUCAGCUGAGCUGGCAUCAGAGGACUUAUGCAUUCAGCGAGAACCCCUUACCUGCAGUUGAGAUCGCCAUUCGGAACACUGGCGAGGCGGACCAAUGGUGCCCUCUACUGGAGACCCUCACUGAUGCUGAGAUGGAGAAGAAAAUCAGAGACCAAGACAGGAACACGAGGCGCAUGAGACGUCUGGCCAACACAGCUCCCUCCUGGUAGACUGAACCGGAUACAGCAGCAGAUGCUUUCUACUGGAGGGUCCUUCUUGUGGGUGACACACACCGCAGUCAUCCAUAAAGCACCUGGAGAGUUCUCAUAAAACCCACUCAUUUUUCCAUUCACAAACUCACAUCAGGUUUUCCUCUGUCUUUAUGUCUGGACAAGUGAUAGUAGAUGAAAUCUCAGAUGUUAGAUUACCUUGUACUGUCGCAGUCGAUGGUUGUUUUGUACACUACAUGUCAUUCCAAACACUGACGUCUUUUAGCUAUAAUAGGAAGUGCCUGAUGAGCAUGAUGGCAGCUUUUUUAGGGUACUUUGUUACAUACACAGCCACUUUUGCUCACGUGUACAGGCUGUGGGCUCUGUUGACUCUCUAUAUUGACGACAUGUUUGGGAUUUGUCGGCUGCUGCUCCAUCCUUGUGUGUUAAAACUAAUAUUGGUCACAUGAAAAUGCAUUGUUAGCAGUGUUGUUCUUUCCUAUUGCAACAAAUAUAAAACUGCAAGUGAUUUAUUGUAAAAGCAUGGGCUUUUUUGAUUGCCUGAAUGGGACAGGCAGCCCUUAAGAAUUUUGUUGUUUCUUUAAACCAAAACGGAGGACAUUUAAGGUGUUUGUUUCCUGUUUUGUAGCUAUCAAGCCACAUGACUAUUAUUGUUACAUUUGACCUUAAUGGAAUGUCAAGAAGUGUUGUUGUCCCCAUAUGAAUGUUGAUGGUCUUAAAUACGUGGAGGAUAAUUCCUUACAACUGCUCUAAAGAGUUUUUUUUCUUUGCCAUUUAAAAUGAAUGGAAAAUGAUCUGGCUCACUUGCAUGCUAAAGCACAGAUCAUGAAAAACUAGGGUCACAUGUAAUGCGUAUUAAUAAACUAUGGUUGUUUUUGUACUCAACUUUGUUUUUAUUGAAAUAAACCAUGUUUGACAGAACUUUUUUUA